AUGCGCCCUUUCUUAGUGCAUGCUGUAGAUUCCCAGUUUAGUUCUGACGAUGCCUUUCUCUUCUUUUCAUAUACAUGCAGCCGAUCUCAGUCAAUUCACCUUGUUCUCCUGCGCCAGCUGUAUUAUACUAGGCGCCCAUCCUCGAUUUUUCUGAGCCCUUGUCAAUUCAGGUUCAGCCCUGUUGCGAUCGUGCCGCGCUGCGAUCCGCACCACGGGUUUCACUGUGACGGCGAGUCCCGAUUCCGGCUUGCCGAUACCCGAACUAUUAGGCACCCUUCCGAUCUCCGCAUUAUUACCCAACCUCACAAAAUAAUGACGCUGUAUCCUGGUGUGGCUUUUGUGACUGGUGCAGGCUCUGGGAUCGGCCAGCAGACUGCCGUUUCAUUUGCGGCAGAGGGAUGCACCAGAAUUAGCAUUGCCGACACCGACGUCGCUCGGCUCCAAGACACCAAGGCUGCUAUUCUCGCCGUCGCCCCAGAUGCACACGCUCUUGUCUUUGCAGUCGACGUGCGCGUGGAAUCAGACGUUAAAAAAGCAAUAGAGGCCACCGUCGAAACUUUUAAGCGUAUUGACUAUGCAGUCAACUGCGCAGGCAUCUAUGGCCCAGAAGCUGCCUCGACAGAUCUUGAGACCUCGGACUUUGACAAUGUAUUUUCAGUGAAUGCGCGCGGCGUAUGGCUCUGCAUGCGCGAGCAGACGCGCCAGAUGAAGACGCAAGAGCCGCUACCGUCGCAUGACGGCCGACCAGGCUCACGGGGGGCCAUUGUCAAUGUGGCCAGCAGCCUUGGCAUCUCACCCAUACCAGGAAAAACACCUUACGCCGCGUCCAAGGCGGCAGUUAUCCAGAUGACCAAGUCAGAUGCUCUCGAUUGCUCACCAUACGACAUUCGCAUCAAUGCCGUUUGCCCAGGCAUCACCGACACGUCGUUUACUGUAGAUAUUCCCGAGGACGGAGCUGCGGUGCGUGGGAUGCCAGUGCCGAGAAAGGCGACGCCGCAGGAGAUUGCAGACGUGAUCCUGUUCGCCGCCAGCUCCAAGGCGUCCUUCCUGCAGGGCGCUAUCAUUUCUGCCGACGGCGGACACACCAUCUAG